CCGCCCCCAUCCCCGACGAAUCUCAUCGGCGAGCGAUGUCGAGGUACGCGUUGCAGCGUAUGGCGCCGUUGCUCCACGGCCGGAUGCAGCUACGGUGGUACCCAAGACCGCUGAGCUCCGCCGCGGAGCAACCCUCCACUGACGCGGUCCACAUGACGGAUAAUUGCAUCCGAAGACUGAAGGAGUUGCAUACCACGGGAUCGUCAAAUGAAGGCAAGAUGCUGCGGUUAGGUGUGGAAACUGGUGGAUGCUCUGGAUUUCAAUACGUCUUUUGCCUAGACGAUAAGAAAAAUGAAGAUGAUAGGGUUUUUGAUAAGGAUGGCGUUAAGUUGGUGGUGGACAAUGUCUCCUAUGAUUUUGUCAAAGGUGCUACUGUUGAUUAUGUCGAGGAAUUGAUCCGUUCGGCAUUCCUGGUAGUAGCAAAUCCAAGUGCAGUUGGGGGUUGCAGCUGUAAAAGCUCCUUUAUGGUCAAAUAGUUGUCCAUUUUACAGGCUUCAGGACCAUGGUGGCAUAUGCACCCUCCAAACACACAACAACUUCCUUGUUUAUGGUCAUUGUGAAUUUUUGUCUCUCAUUUUCCUUGAUUACUACUCCCAAAUGAAACUGAGCAGUGAAGAACAUAUACUGGUCUAUUGCUGCAGUACUAAAUCUGCUGACAACAGUGUUGUCUUGUAUACUAUAAUUGUUGCACUGUUUGCUUUGAAUUCAUUGUAAUAAUUCUGAUGAUUUUCCAUCAUCCAUGAUGUAAUCACAAUAUGCACAUUCUGCUUCAA